GGCGGCGGCGGCGGCGGCGGCGUUGGGCUCUGCCGGGCGGAGACGCGGUGCCGGGCGAGUCGCUGAGGCGGGCGUGAUGGAGAAGCGCACCCGCGGUGGGAAGGCGUCCGGGACCCUGGUCGCCCCGGUCGUCCCGCAGUCCCCGACGGGGUCUCGGAGAGAGAGGAGGCCUAGCAUGUUCGAGAAGGAGGCAUAUACACAGAUUUUAAAAGAAAGGCUGAGAGAAUCGUCUCAUGAUGUUCUGUAUGUAGAGCCUCCAUUUGAUGAUUCCAUUGCUGAGAUAAGUAAAGAAUGGAAGAGUUCUAUGGCAAAAUUUAGGUUUGCUAAUACAUAUAGAAUGGAGCCACAGAAAAAAUUCCAAGCUCAUUCAGUAGAAACUAAAGUCCAGCAGAUAUUAACGGAAAAUCUUAAAGAUGUCAAAUAUGAUGAUACACUCUUCUCUCACUUGUCGCUUGAAUUAGCAGACCUCAUAUUGUCAGCAGUCAAAGACUUUGGGUACCAGCGUUAUAAAUUGAUUAUAAAGGUAUUAUUUAUUCAAAAGACUGGUCAGGCAAUAAAUGUUGCCAGCCGGUGGAUCUGGGAUGUUGCGUGGGACAGCUGGGUUGCAGCUAAACAUGAAACAGAAACUUAUGUGGCCUUGGCCUUGGUGUUCGCUCUUUACUGUGAAUAACUUGUGACAUGUCCUGAACAGUGUUUACUUCUCAGCUCCUCAAAUACGUGAAGUUUAUAGAUUUGUAAACCUCAGUAGUAUUGAUUAGCCAUAUUUUUAUCUCCAAUUGGAGCAUUUAAUUGCAUUAACAACAAACAAGUAAAAGCUGGAUUUUUCUUAACUUCA